AUGUGUUUUACUUGGAAUAUUGCUGGGAAGGCAAGUCGUUCCCUUUCUCGUUUAAAUCACUUAUUUGCCAAAAUGCCUCCUUUGGAAAGGCCGUCGUUGAUUGCCUUGGCUUUACAGGAAUUGCCUGCCUCUACUUUAAGAUUUCACUCUUCAGUACUUUCAUCACUUGGAAAGUCACUAUCUUCUACCCACCGCGUUUUUUGCUGGGUUCGUAAAUGGUCUCAAAUGUUGGUGCUUUUUAUUAAACAUCCUCUCAGUUUAUUCACUUCACAACCAGAAUAUCGUUUUGUAGCAGGCAUUAAUUUAGCAAGCCCUUUUCGUACUAAAGGUGCAAUUUCUAUUCGUUUCCGGUUAUUUCAAUGCCAAUGUAUUUUUGUAGCUUGUCAUUUGGCACACGGCAAAUUAGAACGCAGAAUCCUCGAUUAUAGACGAAUCGCUGCCCAAUUUGAUUUUAAUUCCUUACAAAAACAAAGUGGCAAAAAUCUAGUUCACCUUUUUUGGUUCGGAGACCUAAAUUUUCGCGUUUUGCGAAAGGAAGAAUUGUCUGACGUCGCAGAAAACAUGCAAAAACGGCUUUUUCGUAGACAGGCAGAUUUUCAACGGAUUUUGGCACAUGACGAGCUUAGCUUGGAAAGGGCUAAUGGUUUAUUCAAAGGCUUUCGUGAAGCAAUUAUAAAAUUCCCUCCAACUCAUAAAUUUCGUAUUGACAGCAAUUUUUAUAUGCCAAGCAGAAUGCCUUCGUACACGGACCGAGUACUUUUUUGGACCAACCCAGAGCCUGACGGUUUAACUGCAAUACGUUAUGAUUGUGUAUGGGAAGUACAUUGUAGUGACCAUAAACCUGUUUAUUGUAUAUUUAAAAUGAAGGUAAUGAAGAAUUCUUUUAAAGAAACAAUUAAAAUUAAUGGAAGUGCUUGA